CUUUAAUUACGAUUUCAGUGUUAAUAUUGCCUUAUCUUUUUGCUCCCUCCAACACAAAUGAUCUCCGAGAUCAUAGCAAGAAGGUUCACAAAUCGCAGUCUAAUAAAAUUAACAUGGGGUCCCGUUUUUUCACUUUUUUCGUUAAUUAUACUUACGUUCUUUACUGGAGGCAUCUGUGAUCCAUUGUUACUAGACACGGAAGUCCGUUAGGUGAAAGCUUUUUUUAUUAUGUAUAGAACUAUUUGAAUACGUUCGAAUCCCUAAUGCUUAAGAGUGGGAGUUAUUGGACAUUGGCUUCUGUCCUUUAGGACUUUCGUAAGUUAACUGGUGCGUAUUGGGUUACGCAUUUUUCCUGUAAAUACUAUCUACUCCAGUUUCUUACUGAAUAAUAAUAACACAUGAACGGAUUGCAUCAUAAUUUGCUGGAUCAUCAAUACCAAAAUACUCACCUGCGGGACAGAAUCCAAGAUAUUGAUGUCGAUCAUAGGAUCGUGUUCUCCUUUGAAUCGAACGCACAAUUGUGCGAUAUGACUAUCGACAGCGUCGAGUCUCGCUUACUACUUGUUGGAUCACAGGACGGCCACAUAUAUGUUUUUGAUGUUGAAGACCCAAGUUUUUUUAGUCUUGACUCAAUUAAACACACUUCGAUUGCAUCUGUUUGUAACAGAAGUAAAGGUUCAGGAUUUCUGUCAAAAGGAUCCCCACUCGUUUGUGUACAAUGGUAUCCAGUUGACAGUGGUUCUUUCACUUCGGCGUCAGCUAAUAAAAUGCUUGGGAUAUGGGACACCAACCGCCUUGAAUGCGUCACGUCAGUAAGUUUCGCCCAAAGUUUGUCCUGGUUAUCUAUGUCACCUGUGGCAUGUAGUCACAAUCUGAUCGCAGUUAGUCUAGGACCAUGUAGUGGUGAAUCAACUGGCCGCGCCGUUUUAGUUGAUCCUCUUAUGGGUUGUACAGUCACUACACUACUUGGAAGUCAUUCUCAAUCAGGCCUUACACAAGUUACUUGGUCCCCUAGGGCUGCUUACGUUGUUGUUACAGGAGGCUGGAAAUAUUUUUCCAUGUAAAAUAUCAAAGUAUUGCUAAACAAAUAUAUUGUUUCUCACAAAUUGUUAUCAGGCGUGAUGGGAGAGUACUAUAUUGGGAUAUCAGGUUUCCUACAAAACCGAUAUAUUCUCUGAACAGAGAAAAUGAUCCACAAAGUGAUUUGGGAUAUUCUAAUGAAGCUAUUGCACAUACAGGACCUGUGCUAGGCCUCAAAUUUUCAUCAGAUGGUUUGCAUUUAAUUUCAUGGGGUGGUUCCGGUUUAACCGCAAAUGCUGCAUCCCUUCGUCUUUGGACGUCUGGUCCUGGUGAUUGUGAGCAAUCAUCACAUAUUCCUAGAUUGCGUCCCGUGAACUUUGGAAACAUAAUUCUCAACUCGGAAAGUAACCAAAUUUCUGACGCUGGGAAUCAAACUUUCACAAGUUCUAAUUCCUCAGGAAGUGGGAAUCAGAGUCCACAAUCGUCUGUCUUGCCAAUAAGAUUGGAUACCACACAUAUGUCAAUAGGCGAUUUGUGGGGAGCCUCAUCGUUAUGUAUUUUUGUUCCUGUAAGAAACCGCUUAUUAAUUGCUUCAGCGUCUAAACACAACACAUCGACUAAAAUUAUAACGCGACACUUUUCAAAAGUGGGUUUCUUGAAUUAUCCCAACUGUUUUUUAUUUGUUAGUAAACUCACUAUUUUGUUAUACACUGUGGCUUUGAUAUUCAUAUCUUAUACCUAACUAAAUAUGCAAAAAAGUCUUUGUAGAUGUACUUUAUUUUUACUAUUGACCAGACUUACAAUUCAGUUAUUCUUAGAUUCACUUUGGUACAUAUCGGAAUCAUAAUCCUAGUGCCAAUGUGCGACAUCCCUAAUAACCUUAGUAACUUCAGAUUGGUUCUAAUUAGCUGACUUAUCUAUAAUUCAAUAUCUUAGUUGUCAUCUCCUAACGUCUCUUUGUAGGUACAUACCUCACCCGAAUAAUAGUUGAAGUAGUUUGAUAAGUGUUACAUCAGCUUCCUACAUCCCUACCAGUUUCUUCAUUAGGUAAUACAACCUUUCGAGUGCGCGAAAUAGCGGAAUUGCCUAACUCUAUUCAGUUCAAUGCAUCAUGACUGAAGCCAAACUUGGUGUGCUAGUUAGUCGUGGUCUAGUUAAUUUGUAUGUUUAAGUGCUAACUGUUUCUUUUUCAUGGUUCAUUAGUUUAGCGUUGAUUCAGACUGAAGCACACAUCCCACGAAUGCAUUUGGACGUGCAUCCAUUAUUGAGGCUUUACUUCUAAGUACUUAUAUUUAAAAUACCGUUUGUCCUCAGCAGAGUUUUUAUGAAUUUUAGAUACGUGCAUGUGUUUGGAACGAUCGUCGUUUAGAAUUGUAUACCUGCGGAGCUGACGGAAAUCUGUUUACAUGGCCCAUUCUUCCUCUUUCAAGCAGCAAUGUGAUUGAUGAUGAUCAAUUUUAAUUUAUACACCUUAGUAUUUUGUAAAUAAACAUGUAUAGUGAUAAUUGAAAUCUUAUAAUUAACUAUUGCACACUUGUGUUGUUAUUACUGAAUAUGCCUAUCAGAACUAAUGAAUCCAAUUGCCAGUUGACUGCUGUUUUUAGUAAAUCAAAUGGAAGAGUUAUAACACUAAUACUAUGUAGUUUUAGUUGAAUUAUCCAUAAUUGUUGUCAAGUGUCAUAUGUCGUACAAAGUUGAACAAAAGUGAACCUUAGUGAUUGGUAUAUUUAAUGGUUAUCGUUUGCGAUCAGUCUUGUGGUAACCAUUUACCAACUGAUUAAGUAAGUGAUUCAUUUUUAGCGUCUCGGGAAAUGUCUUAUUCGUUGGUACUAGAAAGCAUAAAUUACAAUUUCGUCGUAAAAAUACCUUAGAAAUUAUUUUUAAUAUUGACAUUUAUUCGUGAGAUGUGGUAAAUAGCUUCUUGCUUUUGGGGUUUAUUAGGAAAUGUAUGUCGCCUUUAAUAACGGUUCAGAUAUUGCGUACGUGACAAAUAGGCGAAUCACGACUGUACUGUCUCCUUAUUGCUAACUUUAUAUAUAAAAAACUUCCUUCGAACUACUAGUAUUUUAGUGUUAUAGCUAUAAAAGUUGAACUGAUUUAUCUUCUUACAAGUGCUCCUUUUCAUUUCGAAUCAUGAUCGACUUAGUUGAGCUAAUAUUGGACUUGAUGUUGAACAUACAGCUUAAGUACAACCUUUUUAUUCAAACCAAUGGAAUAUCGGACCCAUAAUUGAUUUUCUAUAUAUAGUCUCUGGAACUGUGACUUGCACUUUUGAGCAGAACCUUAAGAAACAGUACAACAAUUCUGAAUGCAACAGAUAAGCGUAUCGGAAAAGGUAACAGAAAGGUGUCAGAGUAUAAAAAGUAUGCUUCUCAUAUAAGAAUUCAUUUGCUGGGUACGCUUGAUGUAUUUUCUAGUAAUGUUUCGAAUCCCAGCCAGUUUUGAAACUUAGCAUUGUUACGGGGUCAGUCAGUCAGCUACAACGUAGGACCAGGCACAUAUGUGCAUCGGUCCAGGUUGCCAUACCGCAUCAGCACAACAAGAUGAACACCGG